AUGAAGAUUGAUGAAGAAGGAACGGUUGAAACAAAAAAUGGCAUUGGUGAGGAAGUGACGUACACAUGGACCAUUAAAAAUUUCUCCUCUAAAUGGAAUGGGUGCAAGGAUCUGAAGCUUUCCUCCAAUGAAUUCUCAGUUGGCCUUUACUCAGGGCGAAUUGUUAUGCAGCGAGAAAGGUGGUAUCAAAAAGAAUGCUUGACCAUUCAAAUGUGUCGUGGGAAAUAUCCUUGUUACUCGCGGAUACUUUCAUCUACAAUUUAUGUACUUAAUCAAUUUGACAACAUGAAGGAAACACGUGGGAGUUCAAUUGUGGAGUACAAAUUCGAAAUAGGAUUAGAUGAAUUUUGUGACCCUAGCAAAGGGUAUGUUGUGAAUGAUACUUGCAUUGUUGUUGCCGAGGUUUUGUAUAAUAAACAGCUGCCCAGUAAUUAUCCCACUUUGCCUAAGCUGAUGAUCAAGUAUUUUUCAUUUGACAUUUAUCGUUCAAUGACGGAUUUCAAGAAUUUAUGCAAAACAGAAAAACUUUCUGUUCCACAAUUGGAGGAGCUAUUUAAGCAACUAUUUGUAACAUGGCGUGAUGGUAUCAAACAUCUUGAGAAGAGUAAGAGAAGUCAAAAGUAUAUUGAAUGGUCGAUGCAUGCUUUGUAUAGAGUUUCGGAUUUUCUUGAGAGUCACAGUGUGAAGGAUAUGAAUGAUGAUGCAUGUAAGGAGCUUCAGAUUUUAUUGGAGGAACUUAAGACUUUUGGAUUUGAUGAGUUUAGUUGGAUGAACUUUGAUCUAUCGGUGGAUAUCUCUGAUGCAAGGUCAACACGCAGUGGACGUGUUACCUGCUACACGUGGAGGCGUGAAGAUGACGUGGCAAUAUGUGGUUGGACGGAGCAAGAAUCACAUGGGAGGCGUGAUGACUCAGCAUGCCGGGGGCGUGAUGACAUGGCUAAAGACAAUUAG